GAAUUGUCUAGUCAAAGAGAUGCCGUCAAACGUCUUCCUGGAGCUGCAGGGGAGGCAGUGGCGGCAAGUAGAAGGCUGGAACGUCAAGCGGCUCGGCCAGUUUGCGGAAGAGAGAGCGCUUCUCGGCCUACGCAAGUCAUGGUGCUGUCGGAGUGUGGUCAAAAACAAGCAGUCUACGUUGGCUCUUGCCUUCUCCUGUGACGGGAGUCUUUUAGCCAGCAGUCACCUCACUCAUGAGAUCCUCGUCUACAAGACGAGGUCAUGCAUCAGUCUGCUGCGUAUCCUGUCGGCUCACCCGGCCACCAACCGCAGUCCGUGGUGCCUCACCUUUCACCCUUCACGUCCCCACCACCUCCUCUCUGGCUGUCUCGGAGGCUCCGUUCUACUCUGGGAUGUACAGGCCGGCAAGUGUCUAUUUGUGUGGCAGUCUGGAGUAGCCAGUCCCAUCAAUAGCUUGGUGGUCCUUCCUACACACCCCGACCACUUCCUGGUGGCCUGCGACACUCGACUGCAUCUCCUGCACCAUCGCGGCGACCGCUUGGGGGUGGUGUGGUCCGCCAAGACUGCCGCCAUGGACGUCAAAGUCAGGUUAGUUCUCCACCAUCCAGAAUCCAGCAAGAUCCUUACAGCUGUAACUAACAUCACCCAGUCAUACGAAAGCAGCAUGACCAACUUGAUGAGGAUUCCGCCACAAAGGAGCUCAUAUCGACUCCAGAUGUACACCUAUGGUUUUGAUAGAGGCCCAGACUUGGAGAACUCUAGUAUGGGACUGAUUUCCAUGGCCGUCCGCGUGCUGAGUCCCCAGUCGGUGGUGCUGACGUCCCGGUUUGUCAUCUCCAGCAGUGUGGAGACAGCCGGGACCAAGCUAUCGAUCCACUCCGUCGAGAGAAACAGCUUCGGGCAGUGCCUCUUCUCAACCAUGGUCACUCCCAAACAUAGUAAGGCAUCCACAUGCGUGUACGACUGACUAGUUCCAUGUAUAUGUGAUAAUGACAAAACCAAUGCACUUCAAUGUGAAGAGCAACAUUCAAGAUAUGGAUUUGCUUGGUGCACUGGACACUCAAUACUAUGAGUUGUCACCUCUCUCACCUCUACUUAAUCCCCUCCUUCUCCUCCUCUCUGCAGUGGGUGUGGUGAGUCUAGACUUGAGUGCAUGCCAGAGAUUUCUGCUGUUGGCAUCCUCAGGGAAACAGUUUCUAUUCCACAUGGAAUCAUACCAUGUACUGAGCUGCAACGCAACAUACACCUACAUGUGUGUCUCAUGCUGCUAAUUUCCAUGUCAUGCAGUCGUGUCUAAAGGUCUUUCAGGUCGAAGAGAGUAAAUCGUCACUUUCCCUCGAGGUACAUGUAAAAGUAAUGUUGAGCAUGAGACGCUAGGAAAUAUUGCACCACAGUCUUAGUAACUGAAGCUGUAUCUGUGGAACUGUGACUUUGAUAUUUAGUUGCGCUGUGAGAUGAGGGGAGUUUACUCGGCUAACGGGGCUCGCUGGAUGCCGCGACAGAGUGGCAGAGUGGGGGGAGUGUGUGUCGGG